AUGAGUCUUCUUUCAAUUUUCUUUGUUUUCAUUGCCAUUCUUUAUUCUGAUUUGUUCAUCAUAAAAACAGAAGCUGGAGCUGUAGGAUUGAACUACGGAAUGUUAGGGAACAAUCUACCAACACCAAACGACGUCGUUUUACUCCUAAAAUCCAAAAACAUAACAAAAACUCGUCUAUUCAAUCCCAACAUAGAAGCCCUCCAAGCUCUACAAAACUCAGGCAUUGAAGUAAUCCUUGGAACCCUAAAUCAAGAUCUUCAACAACUCUCCACAAGCAUAUCAUUUUCCUCAAAUUGGGUCCAAACAAACGUAAUCUCAUUCGCCAAAACCCUAAAAAUUCGAGCCAUAUCGGCUGGAAAUGAAGUCAUCCCGAGUGACAUGCAAAAUUACGUACUUCCAGCCAUGCAAAAUUUAAAAUCCGCACUUGAUCAAGCCCUAGCAGCAGGCUUGAUCCCAGGACGAAUCCCAGUAACAACAGCAGUAGCCACUUCGGUCUUGGGAGUUUCGUACCCUCCUUCUAAUGGAAAAUUCUCCAAUACAACCCUACCAGUGAUGGGACCGAUAGUAAAUUUUUUAGCCACAACACAAACUCCUUUAUUAGUAAAUGUGUACCCGUACUUUGCUUACGUCAACAAUCCAGUUAAUAUCUCUUUGUCUUAUGCAUUGUUCACAUCUAAUUCUAUUGUGGCUAGAGAUGGGGUUUUGGAGUACAAAACCCUUUUUGGUGCUAUGGUUGAUGCCGUUUAUUCGGCCUUGGAGAGGUGCGAUGGUGGCGGUGGAAGUGUUGAAAUCGUUGUGUCGGAGAGCGGGUGGCCGUCCGGUGGGGAUAGUGGUGAUGUGUAUGCUACUAUUGCUAAUGCACAAACUUAUAAUAACAAUUUGAUUAGUCAUGUGAGUAAUGGUAAUGGAACUCCCAAGAGGCCUGGAAAGAGUGUUGAGACUUAUGUUUUUGCUAUUUUUAAUGAGAAUCUUAAGCCUCAAGGGACUGAGCAAAAUUUUGGGCUUUUUUAUCCCAAUAAGAUGGAGGUUUAUCCAGUUAAUUUCAUGUGAAAUUAAUCAUUUUUCAGGGCCAAUUAUGUAGGCUAUUAAUUACAAUUAAAUAAAUUAUCAUAAUUUUGUACUUAGAUGAUUAAUUAUCUUGGUUGGUCUGUUCUCAUCAUCGUGUUUUUAAUUUUUAUACUAUAGAGAGUUCUUUCUUUGUUUUUGUCGAUCUUUAUUAUUAUUGUUUUAAAAUGAAAACAAAGUAUGUACCAAUCGUAAUGGAAAAUAGAAAGAUAAAUGCAAAGAGAAACGUCAAAUUAGGACUGAGUAGUGUUUUUUUUGGAUACAUAUGAAUUUGAGAUUACAUAAUACAUUGUUUUUUAAAUUUUUUUUACACUUUUAUGUUCUAUUUUUUUUUUUAAUUUUUUUUAUACUUCUAUUUUUUUAAAAAAUAUUUUUAGAGUAUUCUAUAAAAAUAAUACUAAAACAACAAAAAAACUACAUAAAAGUAACAAGAAAAUAAUAUUAACAAUAAAUUAACAAGAGUACAACAUAUUAAA